AUGGGUAAUUAUUUUUUUAAACAACAAGAAAAGGAAAUGUCAAUUGUUGUAGUAAACAAAGAAAGAGAACUUGAUGUUUAUUUGAACGUCUAUGCAAAUUCAAGUGAUCAAUUAAUUGGUGAGAAAAUUUACAAGAGAGGUGCUAUCGAAGAAUUAGUUGGUACAAAUAGUGGUCAUUAUUCAAUUGUCAUUGAUAGAAAUGGUGAGUAG